AUGGACACCAAACACCCAACUGAUCACACCGAAGAGAAUCCCGAACUGACCAAACAACAAUCAGACGUGACCGCCUCUGAAGACUUCUUUCAGCAUGGUAUCUCAGGACUCUACAUCACUUCCCCGCCGGAAGAACCCUCUGGCCAGACCACUGUAGUCAAACACGACAGGCACACCGGAGACGUCUAUCUCGUCUGGGACUCUUCAGGGAAUUCAAUACAACAUGUCCUCGGCGAUACGGAGAAGCCUGCAUUUUCAAGCAGCGUUCUUUCCAGCGGCGCCAUAAUUGCGACCGACGAGCUGGACCAGACGAUAACUAUCAUCCAUAGUGUACAUGACGAGUCCGUUCACGAACAUGAUAAGUUCAUUCAGGAGUACGCGAGGGUUAAUGACCCAGCGAAGGUGUCUCCGGCUGUGUUUCAUAAUCCCAUUCCACCACGCCCAGUGAACAAGAAACGUGAAGAGAAAGACUACGACGAAGAAGGAGAAAUUGCCUCUACACCCGCUAUCACUGAGCCUGUAGAUACGGACAACCCGCUAUUCCUUCACGUACACGAGCACCAUACGAGCCACGCAAUCCUUACCCUCAACGAAGAAACAGCGAUACUAGACCUCAGCCCCACAAAAGGCAACUCAAACCGGAAAGCCAUUCAUCUCAGAGGCAGGGGUGGUCGAAACCCAAUCGUCGUCAAAUGCUACCCCUUCAAAGAAGGCCUCACCCUCCGCUUUGUCGACUGCGGCUACCACACCAUAACCGGCCCGAAAGAUGAUCAAACGUGGCAUGAAUACAAGGAAUACCAUGUUCAUCUCCCGCAGAACCUAUGGCAUGCAUGUUUCUCUCAUGAAGUCAUGACUGGUCGUGAGAGAAGGUCAUAUGGUCCGCAUAGCCCACAGCAGGCGGCAUACAACGCUGGUGUCUUUCCCCGGUUUAUGGAUGCAUUGGAGAGGAUUGUGGGAGUGGAGAACAUGAAGAAGUGCAAGAAAGUUGGGGAUGAGUUGGUAGAUGAAGAUGCGGAGUAG